AUGGCAUCUCAUCCCCCCAGCUCAUGCUGCGCUAGCGGCUUCAAGCACGAAGGCACAGCCUCAGGCGUGGUCAAAAAAAUCAGCGACUUCGACGCAUACUUCUCCUAUCCCAGCACCGCCAACCCAGAUAAAGCCAUCAUCAUCUUCACCGAUGUCCUAGGCCUGUACGACAACGCCAAAUUUCUCGCCGACGACUAUGCUUCCCGCGGCUACUUGGUCGUCAUGCCGGACCUGUUCGGCGGCAAACCCCUCACAAUCAACCAGUUCGAGGGCGGCCAAGUCGACAUCAUGGCCUGGCUGAAAGAUUACACCCCAGAAACCGUCGAUCCGAUUGCUGCUGCAACGAUACAGCACGUGCGGGAGACACUGGGGAUUAAAAAAGUUGGAGCAGCGGGAUAUUGCUUUGGUGCUAAGUAUGUGACACGAUUCAUGAAGGGGUCUGGAACCGUUGACGUGGGAUAUGUCGCCCAUCCAUCCUUCGUCACCUCGGAGGAACUGGCAGCCAUUCAAGGACCCUACGCUAUUUCAGCUGCCGAAACCGAUUCCAUUUUCCCCUCGAGCCUUCGUCACCAAUCCGAAGAAAUCCUCGCCAAAGUCAGCCAGCCCUGGCAGAUCAACCUAUUCUCCGGCGUCGUGCACGGCUUUGCUGUCCGUGGCGACCUAAGCAAUAAGGUUGUUAAGUUCGCGAAGGAACAGGCAUUCCUGCAGGCUGUCGCUUGGUUUGAGGAGCAUCUCUAA